AUGAGCGGCACCAAGAGCAGCGCCAGCGCAUCCUCCUCCUCGAAAGCAGCGUCCAAAGAAGAGAAGAAGGAAAAAGAGGAGGACGAGAUGAAAGUCGUCGUCAGCGCGGCGGAAAAAGAGGAAAAAGAAGAUUUAAAGACGACGACGGAAAAUGUUGCGGACGAGGACGAGGACGAGGAGAAGAAAGCGUCGAACAAAAGCAAGACGAAGAGUACCUCUGAUGUGCAAAGGCUCCCGAGACCGUCGCGAGAGAAACACGAAACCGCGAUGAAAAGGUUGAACGAACAAAUCGAGGAGAGGAAAAAAACGAUCGAAUCGGCCAAAAGCAAAAUCAAAGUCUUGAGAGACGGACGAGAAAAAGAGCAAGCGAAAUACGCACCGAUUCGAUCGAAAUUAAACGAGUUAGCCGCGCAAUGUCAAAUUUUGAUGCAAACGAGAGAUGCGUGUAGGAAAGAAGUUCAAGCUUUGGAUAACAUGGGGAAAGGCGAGAGAGACGGCGGUUCCGGGAACCGAGGAGGAGGGAAGAGCGCGGAGCAAAUCGACGCGGAGAUGGCGAGAAUCGAAGACCAACUUUCGCACGAAACGAUGAGUUUGAAGGAAGAGAAAGUCUUGGUGGAGAAGAUUAAGCAGUUGAAUAAGAUGAAGGAUUCGGCGAGAGCGAUGGCGGCGAAGCAGGCGCAGAUUACCGGGACGGACGGGUCGAGGAAGGCUAUGCAAGAAAAGGCGAAAGCGAAGGACGUGGAGAUCAACGCGAACAAAGCGGAGCAGCAAAAACUGAAGAACGAAAUCGAUAAGAUUCGCGGCGUAGAGGGAGGUGGCAACAACAAGAAUAAGAAAGAAAAUGGUAAAAGUGGUAAUAGCGGCGGCGGCGAUAACUUCAACAAGAACGUGAAAGCUUUAGAAUCAGAAAGAGACGGCGCGUAUAAGCAAAUCUUGAAGAUUCGGAAAGAAAUGGACGAUUUGCGAGACGAUUUUAAGAAGAAAAACAACGAGUGGUUGAAGAGAGAGAAAGUCUUUCGCGCGGAACGAGACGCGGAGUAUGCGUCGGAGAAAAAAGCGUCGGAAGAGAGGAAAAAGCAGUGGGAAAGAGAAAACGCUCCGGAACCGUUCGAGGCGGAAAUUUCUUCGUGCGACCAGUUGGUGAGUUUCUUGCAAAAGUUCUUACCGAAAAGUGCACCGGCGGAAGCGACGUCCUCGUCGUCUAAAAACGGAAGCGCGGAGGACUUGACCGCGAAGUUGUCCGGUCUGAAAAUGGUCAACAAGAGAGACAAAGACGAAGAGAUGGACGAUUUGCUCUCCAUGACUGGUACGCUCACGAAAGCGAAGAAGAACAAAGUCAACGCGAUGAAAAACGCGGGACCUAAACCGCCAAAGGAAACCGACAAAGUGAACCUAUCUUUAGACGCGUACGGUAUGUUUGGUAAAGUUGGCAUUUCCGCGCCGUUAAUAGUUGGCGAGGUGCCCAGAUGUGUAGAAUUGCUCAACGAGAAGAAGGAAGAAUUCUUGGAGAAGCGAAAGGUGAAGAAAGAGCGCAUCGCCGCCGGAUUAGAAGACCCCGUCGUCGAAGAGGAGUCCAAAGACGAAGAAAAGAAAGAAAAAAACGGCGAGAAGAACAAGAAUAAAAAGAAAGGUGGUGGUGAUGGUGGUGGAGGCAAGAUGCUCGUGACGGUAUCGUUCGAAGUCAAGGAGGACGAGAAGACGGUGGUUGUUUCGAUUUCGCCGAAAAAAGAGGAUUAG